AUCGAUUCGCUCCGGACGACAUAUUCCGUUGCAAUACAAGAGUAAUGUCCCCUCGCAACGUGCUCUCCGCCAUUUCUGUUUUGGUUGUUGCUACUAGCUUUGCUGCACUCCCAUCUCGAUGUAUAUAUUAUAUACACCAAUAGUAACUAGUUGUCUUCUGUUGGUGCCAUGAACCUUGGAUUCUCUUUAGUCGUAACCUCUCCUGAUGUAGCUGAAAACUAACCCUACUUGCUCAAGUCGGGGAGCUUGGUGUUCAUGAAGCUCCCCAACUCCAUCAAGACCCCCUGAAGGUCAACCAUAGUGUAGCUGUCAAUUUGCUCUCAUCUUUCACAUACCCAUGUGUGUUAGAUGAUGAGUGAAGAUGAAAAACCUUUUGUAUGUUCAUCUCCAGGAUGUGGGAUGCGAUUUACCAAUGAAGAUCACUUGACUGUACACUUGAAGAAACAUGAGAUGUGUUUAACCUUAAACUCUGGCAGCAACAAUAGAACACCGAACAAUUUAUUUUUAGAUCAAACACCAACCCCUACUAAAUUUCUUAAGAACUGUGAAGAGAUUGGAUUAUUUCAAGAUUUAACUAAGAACCCCUUUGAAGAAGCUUUUAAAAAAGCAUCCGAAACUGGCGGCAAUGAUGUCUCCUCUGAUGCUGUCCCCUUACCAGGUCCACAUUCCAAUGAAGUACUCAAUACCCCCGUGGUCUCGAGACCACACAAAAUUGUGGAAACUCUCAAAUUGGAGAACGAGGACAUAGAAAUCCAAGUAGCAGAUGAAUCGUCAAGAAGCAGUGUGGUUCAGCAACAGCAGCAACAGCAACAACAACAACAGCAGCAGCAAGAGAGCGGUCAGUCCAGCCAUGGAAUGUCCAUGGGAUCGCCUCCGGCUUCGGCCUCUGUCGCUGUUUCUGCAACGCAUUCCAUGCCUCAACCCACGUCGACCACGUCGGAUGACGACGGGGUCAUGUCAACGACAUCACAGCUUGCAGACAGUUCAGUGCAGUCAACGACGGAAGGCACCGCCGUCAGUAGUACAACUACUACUCUACCCACAGUCAUGCACACUACUGCAGCUCCCAUGUUGUCCCCCAAUAUUAUCUCAUCUGCUCAGUAUACAAUGCAAGUGUUCUUGCAGUUACCUACAGGACAAACUGUUCCUGUACAGAUCCCUGCCACUAUUACGAACUCUGCCAUGCAGGUAGCCUCUAUACCUGUCCCUGCCAUCUCUCCCAAGUCCUCUACAGCAACUCCUAUUUCAGUUGCUGCUGCUUCUGCUGUCGCCACUACUUCCUCAUCACCAGGGCUUAGUCAGCCAUCAUUAGCUAAGCAGAAAUUGAAAGCUGCUUUACAAAGUAGUCAGAAUGUCCCUCAAGACUUGACCACUUCCAACAACAGUCGGUUGGUGGAUUCGGUCAACCAUGUCAGUCAAAUAGCAUCACCGUCGCCGUCAUCCAUGUCCAUCAUAACGGAGACAGCAAGUGUUACAUCUGAUGCUACAGUUUCAUCACCAGAGAGUCUGGAUGCCGCUAUUAUUGGUGGUAGUGGUGUUGUCAUUAAGAGACCGAAAAGGUCAGGAGAAGACGACCCUGAUGAAAGACGACGGAAAUUUCUUGAAAGGAACAGAGCUGCUGCAGCCAGGUGCCGGCAGAAGAGGAAGCAGUGGAUAACCGACUUAGAGAAAAAAGCAGAAGAAUUGCAGAAUACCAACUCAAGAUUACAGAGUGAAGUAAAUCUUUUACGUACAGAAGUGGCUCAAUUAAAAUCAUUAUUACUCGCUCACAAGGAUUGUCCUAUUACACUACAACAAAAAUCAAUGGGGCAACUUUCCAUACAGGCAGUCCCUGUUGGAGAGACCCCAAACAUCAUUAUUACAGCAACUGGAAUUUCGCCCGGAGAGAACGUAGUCUCAGCAGGUCUGACCACCGUUGCCACGCCACUGUCCAGUGCUCCUGUGUCAUCAUCAACAGCUCCGGCCACCAUCACCACCUACGGCAGCGGUGGUGGUGGUGGCGGCGGCUCUUCCACUCCAAUCGUCGUGGAACGUGGAGCGAGUAGCAGUCGCAGGAAUGCAGGCUCUCUGAAAGUAGAAACUUGUACAGUACGUGCAUCUCCGAAAUGACAGCGGGACAAAACUGCAGCUUUCACUCGAGUUCACUGCAUUGGAUUGCACACGGGUUCAACAGUAGAGACAGAACACGCAGAAAUUGAAGGCAGCGAAGAAAUGAGAUGAAUGGACACACCUGUGGAUGGAUGUCUGGAUGGAUGAGUGGAUGGUUUGUUGAAGGGAUGGAUGGAUGGAUGGAUGGUUGCAUGGUUGGAUAGACAAAGAAAAAAAAAAUGUCUCAAGAAACAUUUUGAAAAUAACCUUGCCAGGGAAUGAAUGUGUGAAGAAUGUGGUUUUUGGUUUUUGCAGAAAUGUGCGAUGUCAUCUACCUGCUGAAGAUGCUGGAUAUAUCCCUCUUGGUCUUAGUUGAUGCAGUUGAAACUAUUUCAAUUUAAAAGAAUAUAAAUAUAUAUAUAAUUAUUAAUAAAUAAAUAAAUAAAUAAGAAAAAAAUUUAUUCAGUAACUUUUAAAAUUGGUCAACUGUUUUGAAAAAAUGGAAAUUUAAAUUUGAAAAAAAAAAACAGGAAGAAAGAAAGAAAGAAAGAAAGAAACCCACCCUCGGCAGCAAUUAUUUGUUAGCCAACUUAUUAUAUCUAAGAAGAAAAAAAUAUCAACAUUAAUUAACAAAAAAAAAAAAGAAAACUGUUUUCAUUUCAAUUAAAAGAAUUUUUUUUUGUUUUAAUGCAAAAUAUUAUUUUAAUUCUACUUUUCAUUUCAAAAGUGGGGGGGAAAAGUAAUUUAAUGCUCUCCCCCCCCAUUCUCUAUACUCUUCUCAAAUACUAUUAUAAAAAAAGGAAAUAUUCUUCUUCUAACUUCACCCUCUCCUCCCCUGUAUCAGUGAGUUUUCUCAAAAUGAAGAACAAAAGAUUAAAAAAAAACAUGCAAAAAAAAACAAAGAAAGCAAGAAAAACCAAACCAAAAUAAAAAUGAAAGCGAAGCCAGUUCUAUUAUUUGUAAAUAAGGUGGGGUAAGUGGGGGGGAUAUGCUGUCGUAGAACAA